AGUAUAGAUAGUUAACCUAUGUUUCUUAAGUCAUUGUCAUGCUCUUCAUAUUUGUGUAACUAUAUUAUAUAACAAGCUGGGAAUGUCUGAUGCUGUUGAGGUCAAUUCGUCGCAGUCGCAUACCCAAUUGAUUGAAGUGCAGGUGCAUCAUGUGGGUGUCACAGCCAAAUUGCAAUCGCCUUUAAAGAAGCUACUGCCCCAGCUGAGCAGUUCAACCGAUACGGAACUCUACCAGCAACCGAAAUCUAAGUACAAUAUGUUCGAGAACGAGGGGCAAUGCGACACAACAGCUACGAACACGACUGGCCUAUCGAGCCCGGCACGUGUGCUCUAUGAAAUGCAUGCAGAGCCGGAGAAACGUGUUUCCAAGCCGAAUCGCAUUGAAUUCCAACGCUACACGAGGAGCAAGUGCACCCGCAUUUCGGUGCCGCCGCGCAAACGUACGACCAAACCACAACAUGUGCCCAAAGCAAAGCCAAUGCAGGAGCAGAAGCAGCAGCAGCACCAAAAGACGAAGCAUCACAAUCAUCCGAAUCAGCUGUUUCAGGAGAAUCGUCCUAGCUUCCUGCAACGCCUGGUAGCCUCGCUGGAUAACAUGUGCAAGUGCCAGCCACAGCAUGCCCACAACAUCAUCGACGAUCUGCCCUCACCGAGGUGGAACAAAAAGGCCGCCGCGCGACACACUUGCACCGGCAUCUAUCCCUUUGAUUACGGCUGCGCCGAUUACCUGAGCACCACGGACACGCAUCCCAAGAUCAAUUCAAUUGUGCUGGCAGAUCGAGCCACGACAUAUGCGACGCACUUCUGGGCCGAGUUCUUCGGACUGCUGCACAUAGCCGUUGCCUUUGUGGUGUCCUUUGUGCUGCAGUCUUACCGAUUCCUGCUGUACUCGGUGGUCAACACUCUGAUUGUGGGUCUACUGCAUACGACCUCCGACUAUUUGGUCAAGCCGUCUUUAACUGUGAUCUUCAAUGGCUUCCUGCAGCCGCCAAUGAUAUUUUUGUACAAUGUGAUGUGCUCGCUGCGCGAUAUAUUGGAUCCGCUCGCCGAGACGCUGGAUCACUUUAUCAAGCCUUUGGCCACGCUGGGCGCCAGCAUAAGGCUGAUCAAUGUCAACUAUCGCAAUGUGCGUCGAUUUGCCAAGGAUGUCUGAAGGCUCUUUGUUUCUUUCUUUGUUUUUUUUUUCUUCAAAUGUUCCCAAAUGUUCAAAGAAGUUUAGUUGUUGCUUUAACUUUGCUCUCGACUCUUUUAUUCCAUGGCGUUCCGCCUGGCGUUGCCUUGUCUGCGGGCAUUGCCCACUGUCUCAUUCCACUUCGUUCCGCAGCAGUAGGAGGAGCCUGACUAACAACCCUAAAGCAAUUUGCUCUCCCAGCUGCUGCUGCUGCUGCUGCUGCUGCUGUUGCUCUCGCACCCAGCAACAGGAUUAUAUUGGACAUACCUUGUUCCGCUGCUGCAACACAAUCUUGCGCACAUAGACAUAUAGAAAUGGGAUCGGGUUACAUUGUUUGCUUCGCUUGUUCAUGGAACUGUGCAACCAUAACGACCAGGUCGCCAGCUCUCUACCCCCACCACAGCUCCUUCUGCUAAGGGUGGUUCGCGCAGUUGGGCCUGAGCUCAAUUACGUUGAAUGAAACAUUUAUGAUUUAUUUGCUCAUUUUGCGGCCAGCGAGCGCGCAGGGGCAGCGCCCAACAUAUGCCCACUAUAACCAAGGCGUCUGAUUGUUUUAAAGCGACUAAUUGUAUCCCACGAGACUCUUCUGAUAUC